CCAUUCCAACACCCAAACAGCCCCUUGUCUCUCCUUCUCUGUUCCUUCCCCCCCCGGGCGUCUCCCUCUCCAUCCCUCUCUCUCUCCUCAAAACCCUACUCCAAUCCCAAACCACAGCAAUCACAACCAAAACCUCUCUAAAACCCUAGCAAUGUCCUCGAUACUGCUUCGGUCCCGUUCAGUCUCCUGGCUGUUCAAGCGCAAUCGACGCCUAUUGAGCUCCGAUGUGGCUUCAACCCCUUCCAAAGAACCGCUCAUCGGAGCCCAAUCCCUAGUCUCCGAUCUCACAUCUCCACCUCCACCGCCACCUCAAAGCACUCCCGCUCCGAACGCUUCAAGUAGCAAAUCUUGGAACUUUCUCAAGUACUCGCUCAUUGGCGCGAUCACUGGAGCCACUGCUUCUGUUGGUUAUGUCUCGUAUGCUUACUCUUUGGAAGAAAUCGAUGAAAAGACCAAGGCUCUCCGAGCAGCACCUUCAACUAUCAGGUUGGCAGAUGAUGCAUCCGCUCUUGAAAAAUUUAAAAAUUGGGCAUACUCUUCUGCAGUUACAGUGCCUGCUAAAGCAGCUGAAGCUUACAUUGAUGCAAGGAGGACGAUUGAAGAACAAAUUCGAGGUUAUACUGAACCAUACGCAGAGAAGCUUCUCCCAGAUUUGCAUCCCAUGGAGAAACAUGUUUUUACCCUUGUUCUGGAUCUCCAGGAGACAUUACUGUACUCUUAUUGGACGCGAGAAAAGGGCUGGCAGACUAUCAAAAGACCUGGAGUUGAUGCCUUCUUGGAACAUCUUGCUCAGUUUUAUGAAAUCAUUGUGUAUUCAGACUAUUCAAAUAUGUAUGUAGAUCCUGUAAUGGAGAGACUGGACACCAAGAAUUUUGUAAGAUAUAGGCUGGGAAAGGCUGCCACUAAGUAUCAGAAUGGACAACAUUAUAGGGACCUUUCAAAACUUAACCGAGAUCCAAAAAAGAUCAUCUAUCUGAGUGCCCAUGCACGAGAAAAUAGUCUCCAGCCCGAAAAUGGUGCCAUAAUAAAGCCAUAUAAGUAUGAGUUGGAUGACACAGCUCUUGUGGAUUUCAUACCAUUUCUUGAGUUUGUUGCCCGUAAUCCUCCAGUAGAUAUCAGGCAAGUAUUGGAAUCAUAUGAAGGGCGUGAUAUUCCUGCAGAGUUCAUUAGGCGAUCUAAAGAGCAUCAACAGCGGAUGCAAAAUCAGAAGCAGCAGGGUCGAUUAUGGAGACGUUGAGGUCAGGAUGCCGAGUCAAGAAUAUUGUAAAGACUAGGUGAUGUUUUCAAGUACAACUGGCGAAAUGAUUUUCGAGUCAGUGUUAAAGUUGCUACCAAGAAAUUUGGAAUUGAUCAUAAUUCUUUUGCAGCAUAGAUUUAACGUUACUAUAUGUGACUGCUCUGCUGUUGACAUCGUAUUUUUUGGCCAUAAAUUUCUACAAACAGCAGAAUUUUUGCUCACAGCAAUUGUUAUUUUGUAACACCCCGGAAUGGAAUAAAUGAUUUGUAACUUGUUUCUCAAAA